AUGAAUUCUAAACACUCCUAUGUGACACUAAAUGAUGGUCCCUUGAUCCCUGCUCUGGGCUUUGGCACCUACACACCUGAAGAGGUUCCAAAGAGUAAAGUCUUGGAGGCUACCAUGUUAGCUAUAGAUGCUGGCUUCUGCCAUAUUGACACUGCUUACAUAUACCAAGUGGAAGAAGAGGUAGGGCAGGCCAUUCGAAACAAGAUUGAAGAGGGCACUGUGAAGAGACAAAAUAUAUUCUGCACCUCACAGCAAGGGGAUGACCUUUUUCCAACCGAUGAACAUGGGAAGCCAAUAUUGGACACAGUGGAUUUCUGUGCCACGUGGGAGGUUUUUGAGGAUGUUAUGCUCGAGCAGUGGAUGAAUGCAUUGAUGGAAAACUAUAGAGAAAAACGGAGAGAUGCAGAAUUGAAGGCAAUAGGAAUAGACAUCUUUGUCUUCUUAUGUAGUUAA